AUGGCUUCCGACAACGCUACGCCAGGACAAGUCCAUAUCGAAUUCGCAGACGGAGGAAGAAUGGUGCUGCCCGAGUCAUUCAGGCCGGGCGACCCAUCCUUCUGGGCCUCGGUGAUCGCAGAUACCGUCAGAGCUGGCAAAUCCAGCGCUUCUAUGCUAGCCAGUCGUAUGGAUCUACCCUCUCUCAACAGCCCCUUGGCGUCAACGACGCUCGCUGCAACAGCAGCUCCACCUUUCUUGGCGUCAAGUCCACACGAUGAUCCGGGCGAUGCCAUGGCGAGCACCGCCGCCGUACCUUUCACUGCAGCAAGCCCCAACGAAGAUCUGCAUGAUGCCGUGGCCGAAACUGUUGCCAUGAAGCGAGAGAUUCCUGAUCCUGAUCCCGACUACACCUCUGAGGAAGAGGACCAUGACAGCGAAGACGAAGUUGAAGUUGUGAGUACCUCACGCAUCAAGCUCGUUGGCCGUCCUGUUCUCACCGUAAAGCUACGACGUCCUCAAUCUACCACAACGGAUAACGCUUCUACGGCCGAACAACAGCUCUUCACCCAUACAUCAACGCGAGAGUUGAUCGUCGACAGGCACGGCGUAGAAUGCACGUCGUGCCAGGAGCUCGAUCUGGAAUGCAUCGAUGUCCCUUCGCCGAGGGGAUAUAGGUGCGUCGGCUGUCAGCAGUUGAAAAGGUCAUGCGACUGGGGAGAGGCUUGGUUGCGCAACAACCGUAUCCAUAAAUAUAUGAAUUGCCUCAAGGAUGGCUACAGCUUGGAAGACGCGGAUCAGGAGGUUUAUGAAUACCUUGGCAUCCUCGGCGGCCCGCUUGACAAGGUCAAGACGUACAGCUGGAUGGCCCCUUCGGCAGUACCUUCUGGCAGCGGCAGACAAGCACUCUAG